AGUUUGCAUCACAGCAGAUGUCAAUCAACAGGCUACACGACGAUCGAGCAAAACUCAUGAGACAGUUAGAAGACACGUCAGAGUCGCUGUCAGCAUCGGCUCAUGAAGUCAGUCAUUUGAGACAACAAAUAAUGAUCCAGGACGAGCAAAAGCUGUCAUUACAAAAGACUAUAGCUGAUAAAACUCGUCAAACAGAAGGUCUUCUAACUCAAAUACACGACCUCCGACAUCAGUUGAACGAAAUGUCUGAAUCUAAUACAAGUAAACAAAAAUCAGUUGUCCAAGACAUUUCCAAACUUCAACAGCAGCAAAGAGAACUACGAGGUGAAAUAGAGAGAAAAGCAGAGGAGCUAGCAGCAGUGACUAAGAAGAAGCAAGACGCUGAAAAACAGUUGUCGAGCUUGAAGAAAGCACAUGCAACAGAAAUGCAGCACGUGAAAGCAGACCUAACAAGAAAAGUGAACAAACUCAAUCGAGAGGUAGCCAUACGUGUAUGACAAUAACACAGAAAUUUUCUCUGCUGUGCGAUGUUCUCAGCACUGUAGGAACAAAAUUUAAACUUAUACGGUCUAGCGCGCGUUACAUGGGCGUGGCUUGA